AUGCGAAAACCUAUAAUCCUCCGUCUCGGAAAAGUAAAUUAUGCACAUGAUGCAUGGGAUAAGUUAAAUAGGUUGGCACACGUCGUUACUAUACCGGACAAUACGACCCGAUCAGAAUUUCUGCAUAUGCUUAGCAGAUCCGAUAGCGUAUUGUCAGAAGUACAAAUCAUAGCUCGGACUUAUUUUAGUGUUGAACAAACCGGUUUGUUUGAUAAAGAAUUAAUUGAAUUGUUACCUGCUUCCACGAAAGCUAUAUGCCACGGCAGUGCAGGAUACGACCAAAUUGACACAGACGCCUUGAAAUCCAGAAGGAUUCAGUUAUCUAAUGUUCAAGGAAUUGUAAAUGAGGCUACAGCCGACACACACGUUUUUUUUGUUGCUGAGCGCCUUACGAAAUUUCGAGCUCGGGCGACGUUUGCUUAUGGAGGGUACCUGGCCAAGCCGUGGGAGAGCUGCAGGUGCUCCAAUUGGGCACGAUCCUAGGGGUCGAAUUGUUGGUAUCUUGGGCCUUGGGGGUAUUGGAUCCGAGAUUGUCAAACGUCUCCGUCCGUUUGGAUUUCGAAACAUUAUUUAUCAUAACAGGAAUAGGCUGCCACCAGGUGAGGAGCAUGGGUGCCAGUACUCUACCUUGGAGGAAUUACUAGAAAAGUCCGAUAUCAUAUCUAUCAAUAUCCCGCUUAACAAACUUACCCACCAUUUUUUGACGAGAAGCUCAUACGCAAAACCAAGCCUGGGGUUGUACUAGUCAACACAGCUCGUGGUGCGAUCAUUGACGAAGUGGCCCUAAUGAAAGCACUAGACUCGGGACAAGUAGGCUCAGUAGGGUUGGAUGUGUUCGAAAAUGAACCUAAUGUUUGUCGCGCCUUGCUGACAUCUCCAAAAGUAACUAGCUUACCUCACAUGGGAACAUAUACUUAUGAAACUCAGAAAGAGAUGGAAGAAUCUGUUGUAAGAAAUAUCAGCAGUGUGAUAAAAACUGGGAAGGUCGCCACCAUAGUACCAGAGAUGAGAGCUGAAUUUUGGAGCUGA